AUGGCCGACAACAAACUUACCGACCAGCAGGUCGCUGACCUCAACACCAUCCUGCGCGGUGAUGCUUCCCUCGACUCCAAGGUCCAAUAUGUCACAAUCAUCAAGUCCGGCAUCAAGCAACACAAUGUUCCCGAGUCGAGCGUUCCACAGCUCUUUGAAGGCUUGCGCGCCGCUACCACAUCACAGCAUGCUGCUCUGGUAAACGCUGGCUUCACAGCGCUCAACCAUCUCCUCACACGACUCUCGCGCCAAGAUCCGAAGCUAUUGUCCAGAGAAGCAGCUCGAACUCUACCACUGGUUGUUGACAAGCUUGGUGAUCACAAAGACAAGUUCCGCUCGCUAGCCUCGCACUCCCUCGUUACUCUAUUCUCUGUCGCACCAGCCGAUGUGGAACGGUUUGUUCGAAACACAGCUAUGCAAGGAAAGAACCCAAGAGCGAAGGAGACUUCCAUGCAAUGGCUUUUACAGAUGCACCAAGAAAAUGGACUUCCUUUCCGAGCUUACGUUCCCGUGCUCAUGGAGCUACUUGAAGACGCCGAUGGAAUGGUGCGAGAUACCGCAAAGAACACAGUUAUUGAGCUUUUCCGAUCUGCGCCAAACGCCGCCAAGUCCGAUCUCAAGCGACAACUCAAGAACUUCAAAGUACGACCAGCAAUUGAGCAGGUCAUUGUCAAGGAGCUUGCACCACCUUCCAGUCGCCCCCAAACGCCUGCUGCACCCGCCGCCGAGCCCGCUCCGGUACCAGUAUCUCGUCCAGCAUUUUCUGCCAGCACAUCUUCAGCCGCAGAGCGUCCCAUUACCCCAGGAAUUGACACAAAACCCGAAAACCUCGAACCCCUGUACGUCAACACCAAUCGAGAACUCGACGACAUGAUUAAGGAAAUGGCGUGGUUUUUCGAAGGAAAAGAGACAGAGCACAACUGGUUGAAGCGAGAAAAUUCCGUCCAUAAACUGAGAAGGCUCAUUGCAGGCAAUGUUACUGAUUUUGCUGAUACCUUCCUUGCCGGAGUUAAGAGCAUGCUGGACGGCAUUAUCAAGGUAAUCACCUCUCUGAGAACCAGUAUGUGUAAAGAGGGCUGCGGUCUGAUUCAGGAUAUCGCCAACACUUUUGGUCCUGCAAUGGAUCCUUUGGUUGAGCAGCUUAUGCAAUGUUUUGUUAAGCUAUCUGCGGGAACGAAGAAGAUCAGCUCACAGCUCGCGAAUGAAACAGUCGAGACAAUCUUGAGCAGAGUUACUUAUACCCCUCGGUUGAUGCAACAUAUCUCGUUUGCUUCUGAAGACAAGAACGUUGCGCCAAGGACUUUUGCUACAGGGUGGCUAAAAACCAUUUUGAAAAAGGAGGCUCAUCACAAGCACCAUAUUGAGCAUACUGGUGGUGUUGAUAUAGCCGUGAAGUGUAUCAAGAAGGGUUUGGCCGAUGCCAAUCCUGCUGUGAGAGAAAAGAUGAGGUCAACCUUCUGGACUUUCUGGGGAUUAUGGCCUGCCAAAGCAGAGUCCUUGAUGGCCGAUUUGGAUGGCACUGCGCAAAAGCUCCUGAACAAGGACCCCAGCAACCCCAAUGGGUCAAAGACCGCCGAACCAGCAGCCCGACCUGGCCUGGGGCUGUCCAAGAGUACUAUGAGUACUGGCAAGCCCAGCAUUCGAGAGGCUAUGAUGGCUCAGCGCAAGGCAAACGCGACCAAAAACCUUCCAGCCCGACCUGGUUCGGCCAUGGCUCAGCUAUCACCUGUUAAGACCACUACUAGCUCCUCGAGUGCUGCACCAAGCAAGCCUUCAGGGACCCGAUCAAGGCCCGAGACUGGUGGAAUGUCAGGGGCCCCUAUGCGACCAUCAAGAAAGCGACCCGAGAUGGCGGCCCGUCCUGCCACAGCUGGACCAUAUUCCGUCCGCGACAUGGAUACAGCAAGUCCCGAGAGCGUCAGGUCAAAGACACCGGCGCCCCGAGAAACUACACCUAAGAGGACCGGUCCCCGAACACGGCCUGGGCAUGCUCCUCAUGGUAGCGAAUCAAGCCUAGCGUCACCUACGUCUACAAGAACAGGUCAAAAGCCAGCGGCAUCACCUCGAACGAGCCCUACCAAGUUGAAGCAAUCCCAAUCUGCUAUGCUACCUAUGAGCAGUCCUUCAAGAGCUGAUGAGGACUUCACCAUGGUGGUUCCGAAUAUGGCCAACUUGAGAACUAUGCAAAGACAUGGGCCCGCGCCUGCAAGGGCACCCCCCGUCCCCCAAGAACCAGAACCGCUAAUCACACCAACGACGGAAUCUGUACCCCAGAUUGUCUCAGAGCCAGCACCAGAGCCCCCGGCCGAGCCUGUGUCUGAGCCAGAACCUAAGCCUGAGCCAGAGACAGUCCCUGUGCCCGUGGCUGAACCUGUGGUCGAGCCUGUAGCCGAGGCUGUGGCUGAGCCUCGAGAUCAACACAUGGAAGAGGUCGUUGAGCCUGAAGCGCCGGCCCAGCCUGAGGAAUUUGCUCAGCCCGAAGAGCCUGUCAAGCCUGAGGAGCCUGCUGCUGCCCCGGAGCCCGUUGUUGAGGCCGCACCUGAGCCACCAGCACCCAUGCCGGUUGAGCCUGCUCCAACAGCCCAGGCUCCUGCUCUUCAGGUCUACGAGGACCCCUUCACUGAUGAACAGCCAUCACCGAAGCCAAGCUUCAACCUCCCUGUGCUGGAGGACAAACCUGUCAAUGCUGAUGCAGCCAGUGUGCCCAUUGCUCAUGCUCAAUCUCCCGUGACCCAAAACGUAGAGGCUCCUGACAGAAGCAAGCAAAGUUUGCGGCUGCUAGAGAGUGGCAUCACCAGAAUCAAAGCGAAAACUCUUGACGUGCACGGCUUCCGAAAGUUGCAGUCUCUGUUGCGUGAUAGCAAGGGAAUCUUCACUGAUGAUAAGUUUGAGGCUCUUUUGAUUGGGCUUUUCCAAUACCUCGAGGACCCCCUGAGUGGCACCAGCCCCGAGAAGGCUCAGGAUAUCAAGGCCCAAAUCCUUGCCACGAUAAGGGUGCUCUUAAAGAAGGAGCGCGACAAUUUCCAGCCCCAUGUUUCACGGGGUCUUGAGUCACUUCUUGAGACGCGCAGUGCCUAUGAUAUUCGUGCUCAUAUCGUCAGUGGUGUUGAGGUGUUGGCCGAUGAGCUAGUUACUAUUGGUGAUGGCUCUGAAAUUGUGGUUGUCCUUACAAAGCGUCUUCAAAAUGUUGACAGUUCUACCACCGGAGGUAGCCGUAUCCUCAGCACUGGCAUGCAUGUGCUGCGAACCAUGUUGGACAAGAGGCCUAACUUUAUGCCUACUGACACCGAGCUUGGUCAACUUGCUGCUCUUGCCGGUCGAUGCCUUGCCUCCGCAGACUCGGGCGUUCGUAUGGACUCUGUUCAACUUUGCGUCGCUCUUCACUCAAGGGUAGGUGAGCAAGCAUUCUGGAAUGCUCUCAAGGACGUUCAAGAUGACCCCAAGAGCUUGAUCACAUACUACAUCGUCAAGAGACAGCGUGAGCAAGCUCCUACGAUUGCUGCCUAG